CUAUAAAUAUAUGUCUGUAUAUUGAACUUAAAGCUCAUGCCAGCUCUUCUUCUUCCCUAUCUUUACUGGAUCUCUUUCCAGUUUCCACCAACCUUCCUUUCCUUUGCAGCUUGGUUGAUCCAAGUCCUAUAUAUAUGUUCCUAAUUCCUCUGGUUAACUUGGCCAAUUUAACAAGUUCUAUCUGCACAGCUUGAAAAUUGAAACAUCGAUUGCAGCUUUUUGAUUGGUCAAACGGAGACUGAUAGCUAGCUUCUGGUUGUGGAAACUCUGGUUUUGGGUUUCGCUGGAAGAAGGUUGAAGCUCGAUCUAGAAGAAGAAGAUUAUACACAGGACGUACGUGCGUGUUCGAGUUAAUUUGACGGCUAUGGAUUAUUCUUCAUGGCCAAGUACACGUUUGGAUCUUAAUUCUAAUCCUACAGGACAAGUUCUUGACGAGGCCUCGAACAAAGAGGUGGAAAGCAGUUUUAUAGACUUUGAAAGGAAGCUUUCAGUAAAACAUGAAGAGACUGGUGCUUUAAUGGAGGAAAUGAACCGUGUGAGCGAGGAAAACAAGAAGCUAACCGAAAUGUUGACGGUGAUGUGCGAGAACUACAAUGCUUUGCGAAGCCAAUUGACGGAUUAUAUGAGCAAGAACGUCCUCGAAAAGGAGGCCAGCCCAACAAGGAAAAGAAAGUCUGAAAGCAGCAAUAAUGUCACCGGAAUUCAAGGAAAUUCCGAGAGUAGCUCAACUGACGAGGAAUCGUGCAAGAAACCCAGAGAGGAAGUCAUCAAGGCAAAAAUCUCAAGGAUUUAUGUCAGGACUGAAGCAUCCGAUACAAGCCUUACCGUAAAGGACGGAUAUCAUUGGAGGAAAUAUGGACAGAAGGUCACCAGAGACAAUCCCUGUCCCAGAGCUUACUUUAAAUGUUCAUUUGCUCCAAGCUGCCCUGUUAAGAAGAAGGUACAAAGAAGCGUGGAAGACCAAUCUGUCUUGGUUGCAACAUAUGAAGGCGAGCACAACCAUCCCCAUUCUUCUCAACUUGAGGCAACAUCAGGCUCGCCUCACUGCGUGACCCUUGGUUCGCACCCCGGCUCAGCCUCUCUCAGCUUGUCUGGACCAACCGUGGCUCUUGGCUUGGCAAAAGCCAAGUCCAGUAGUAUUGAUACAAAGCAAUCAAAACCCAGAAUUGAUUCGCCGGAAGUCAGACAAUUCUUGGUGGAACAGAUGGCAUCUUCCUUGACCAAAGAUCCCAAUUUUACAGCAGCACUUGCCGCGGCAAUUUCAGGAAGAAUUUUACCCCAGAAUCCAACGGAAAAAUGGUGAAUUCCAACAUAGAAAAUGAAUACCAAGUGUUUUAUUCUUCGUGAACCUAUUUUGAGGUUUAGGAUGCUUGUGUAAAUAUAACGUUGGAUAGGAAGAAAAAAGAGUUUGGAACCUAUGCUAUCGAACUUCCUCAACUGGGAGGAAUAUUGUAUCUUGCAAACUGCACUGUUAUCUGGGAAAGGUUAAACGCUAAGCAAGCCUUUAAUUGAGCCAGAGGAACAGGUUUUUGUAGUUUCCUGUUUGAGCAUUAAAAUCUUUAGAGCAAAUGGAAACUCCUGGUCACAGUUCUGAAA